UUACUAGAGAUGGACCGUCGGACAGCGUAAACACAUGGUACGGCACUUCUUUAGAGUGCUCUCUGUCCUUACACCCAAUUAGACGGAGUUUUGUUGCACACAUAAGUCUUUACAUUUUGUAUUUAUUUUAGUUCAGAUAAUUAUUUCUCCGCAAAGGUUUUCAUUAUAUCGCAGAAAUGCCCGAGUUUAUAUCAGUAGAGGAGUUCAUCGCAGAAACCUUGGAGGACUACAGCUCUCCAACAACCUCGUCUUUUACCACGAAAAUGAUAAGUUGCCGGAAUUCCGCCAACAACAUUGAGGAGGCCCUCGACUGUGACCGGACUGUCCUCCAGAAACUGAAGAAAGCUGCCAAAGCGAAGCAUGCUUCAGGUCAAGACCACAUAUCACAUCUGGAGGUCUACAUCAACUCCAUGGAGAAACUUGCCGUAAAUUUCCGGAGCAACGGGGAGCAAGAGGUGGCGUCUGCCUUCAAUAAGUUCGCCGAGUUCUCCAAAGAGCUGCUGACGCCAAUGAAAAACCUGUUGAACAGCAUGCUUCACAACAUCAACUUCUUCCUGGAUUCUCUGGUGAAAGGAGACCUGAGAGAGGAUCUGAAGAAGCCAUUCGACAAGGCCUGGAGAGAUUACGAGAAUAAAUUCACUAAGAUAGAGAAGGAGAAGCGUGAGCUGGCAAAGCAGUAUGGGAUGGUGCGGACAGAGGUGAGCGGAGGGGAGAUCGCUGAGGAGCUCGAGAAAGAGCGCAGGAUGUUCCAGCUACAGAUGUGUGAGUACCUCAUCAAAGUAAAUGAAAUCAAGACCAAGAAGGGCGUUGACCUGCUGCAGAAUCUUAUCAAGCACUACCACUCCCAGUGCAAUUUCUUUCAGGAGUGCUUGGUGGCCACAGAGAGAUUGAAGCAAUACAUUGACAACCUGACAGGGGAACUCACUCACAUUAAGCACCGGCAGGAUGAAGAGAAACGACAGCUGUGUGCCCUCAGAGACCAGCUUCGACCUGCUCUACAGCCUGAACUCAAAGAGUCUAGAAGAGACUCGCUCAGCAAACAGACCGUGUACAGCAUGCACCAGCUCCAGGGAAACAAACAGUAUGGCACUGAAAAAUCUGGAUACCUCUACAAAAAGAGCGAUGGGCUGAGGAAAAUGUGGCAGAAGAGGAAGUGCACGGUGCAGAACUGCUAUCUGACCAUCGCUCAUGGAACCCCCAACAAGGCACCGGCCAAGCUAAACCUGCUCACCUGCCAAGUCAAACCCAGCCUGGAGGACAAGAAGUGCUUCGACCUCAUCUCCCAUAAUCGAACAUAUCAUUUCCUGGCGGAGGAUGAGCCGGACUGUGUGGCCUGGAUCUCAGUGCUGAGUAACAGUAAGCAGGAGGCGUUGAACGUGGCUCUGGACGAGCGGCGCACGGCCGGAGGAGAGAGCAGCGUGGAGGAUCUGACGCGGGCCAUCACUGAUGACAUCAGACGCAUGCCUGGCAACCACGUCUGCUGCGACUGCGGCGCACCAGACCCAGAGUGGAUCUCCACUAACCUGGGCAUCCUGACGUGCAUCGAGUGCUCAGGCAUCCACAGGGAGAUGGGCGUCCACUACUCGCGCAUCCAGUCCCUCUCCCUGGACAAGCUGGGCUCCUCGGAGCUGCUGUUGGCAAAGAACGUUGGGAACUCGGGCUUUAAUGAGAUCGUGGAGGCCAAUCUGCUGAGCCCCUCACUGAAGCCCAGAGCCGAGAGUGACAUGUCUGUGCGUAAGGACUAUAUCCUGUGUAAGUACAUGGAGCUGCAGUUUGCCCAGCGCAGCGGCAGCUCCCCGGGAACGUUGCGCCGCUACCUCCAGGAUGUGGUCAGGAGCCGGGACAUCUUCAGCCUGCUGCAGCUCUACGCCGAGAGACUGGACCUCAGCCUGCCACUGCCCAGUCCACUGCAGGAGAAAGGGGAGACUGCUCUGCACCAGGCUGUGCUGCUGUCUGACCGCACCUCUCUACACAUGGUGGACUUCCUGGUGCACAACAGCAACAACCUGGAUGUCCAGACGAUCCGCGGCAACACUGCCCUGCACUACUGCUGUUUGCACAACAAGACCGAGUGCCUUAAGCUGCUGCUAAGAGCCAAGGCUAACACACAUAUCAAGAAUGAGGCAGGAGAGACUGGACUGGACUUUGCACACAAACUCAAACACUUUGACUGUGAGGAUCUGAUAAAGCAGGCCCAAAAUAACCAGUUUAACAUGCAUGUUCAUGUGGAGUAUGAAUGGCGCCUGCGGCAGGAUGACCUGUAUGAGAGUGAUGACGAGUUGGAGGAUAAGGUGGGCCCGGUGAAGAAGGAACGUUCCGGAGGCCGUCCCUUCAGUCUGUACCAGAGCAGCACGAUGAGUCAGGACCGAGGAGGAGUUGGAGGAGGGGGCGGGGGACUCUUCAGCGUGGGCCGCAGACUGGCUUUGGGCCGAGACCACCGUAGGGAGGUGUUCGCAAGCCCCAGCUCUCAGACCCGCAGCCUGGACAGCCCCCCGCCGCCUCCGCCCUCGUCGCCCGCACCCCCCCUGCCACCCAGGGUCAGAGUGCCCAACGUGCCACCGCCUCCACCCCCCCACAGUCCCCCUGAGGGCUGGACGGAUGUCAUCAGCAGCAUGGGAGGUGGUGGGGGCGUGGGGAGCAGUAAGAAGCGGACGCCACCCCCUCCCCUCAUCAUCCGGCACAAGCGCACCUACUCGGAGCCCACGCCCCAGCUGCCCCAUAGUCCCCAUGCCUCCAGGCACACGCACGCCGAUUACGGUGUGCCUGUGAGUUCACGAGUCUUCAGCGGGCCAGAUUCAUCUUUCCAAAAGUGUGGCCCCGGUUCUCCUAAAUACACUGUGACGGCCCUCAACUCUCUUUCGGAGCUGCCCGAGCGAGGCUAUCGACCGGACGGCGACAGCAGUGGCGUCUCCUCGUCCCACCUACUCUACCAGACCCCACCUCACCAGUCGGGCAGCGGCAGCAGCAGUGGUGGUGGGGGAGGCCUGGGCCACGGCCCGCCCCUCUCCCCCACCACCCCCCGCUCCUUCAGCCUGGAGUCCAACGGCUCCUCCUCAUCCUCGUCCUCAUGUCACCACGGCAACAUGCCACAUCCGUUGCCGCGGAGAGCUUUGAUGAAGCCAAAGCUGCGGCGUGUGAAGGCCAUCUACGACUGUGUGGCUGACCACCACGACGAGCUCACCUUCCACGAGGGCGAAGUCCUCGUGGUACUGGCAGAGGAGGAUGCUGAUUGGUGGCACGGCUAUGUGGAGGGCCAGCCCAACAAGAGAGGGCUUUUUCCCGCCUCUUUUGUCUCCACUCUGGCUGAGUGACACACGGCCCGGAGGAGGAGGACAGACGACGACGACUGCCCUCGGCUGGCUCCGCUUCCCUGGGAACGGACACAGGGGAGCCACCGCACGUCGGGGCACCCCAGGCCGCUGAAAAGACAGCAGGACAAAGCCGGUACACGCCACAGUCCCCCCCUUCCAGGUGGCACCCCCGGGGAGAUGAGCAGAUACGGGAAGCCUACGCGAGGCCUCUAAGAGCAUUUCAAGCUGCCCUAAGAGCAUUUCAGCAGCACACAGGCCAGCCAGCCUGUGUAAACCAGUGCUUACAUACACAUCAUGGCGUUGACGAUGCAGUCGAUGUUCCGAGGUGAACAAAAACAAAAAAGUGUGAAAAGAGUGUCUGAUCACUACAAGAAGUUUACACGUUAGAAGUGUGCUCCAUGUGAAUGUUAUAAAGUAGAGUGAAGAAAAAUAAUAUAUAUAUUUAUUUUCUGUUGUUAUAGUGUGAGAAAGUGAAAGUCUGUGGCAUCCUUGAAAUGUAAAUGUGUAGAUUUAAGAUUUUAAAAAGUAAAUGUGCAUUUUAGGACGUGGUGGACUUGGACUGAAUCAAGCCGAAAUGAUGAGCACACAGUUACACCUGUGUCAGCCGUGAAUGUUUGUCUUUGUGCUUGUUGGUCCUGUUUUACAUUCAGUAUCCUCACUGCACUUAAGCAAGUAGAUAACAAAGAAUCCCUUGUACUUUUCACAUAAGUUUGUGUUACACAUUGCAUUGCAUUACUUUACAUUACAUUACUAUCCAAAACCUAGAACCUUCCACCAACCCCAAUUACAUCUGUUAACACUGUCUAAUACAACUAGAGCAUUGCCUUCAUCAAGUGUUAAGUAUUACUACCUACUACCUAGCCUAAAUAGGCUCUAAGCUAUGUAGAGAGCACACCGACUCCACUGGGAUAGGGAUAGGUUUCUUUAUUUCACAGGAACCACAGUGUGAUCAUGGACAGCGCCGGUGAAAACACAAAAACAGUGUCAGUAUCAAUAAACUCAGAUACAUAGGCACACAAACUCCCAUAUCAGUUAGUAUUGGAGGGUGUGCUUGUAACCCAGGAACAAAAAGAUUUUCAAUUUCCACUUCUGUUUAAUGGGUAAGUAAACAAUCCUUAUGGGCGGGGGUCCUCAGCCACCCCUGUGUUCACAGUUCCUGUCAUUUGUUAGCCCAUGGGAAGGAAACGGAAUCUGCUUUUGUUUUGUUGUUUAUUUUUGGUGACCGGUUUCCUAAACGAUACUUGAAUUGUGCCCCUAACACACAACACCCUCUCACAUGUGAGAGUGUUCGCUUGUCUGCAGGCAUGAAGCCUGUUGGACACCUGAUGUUAUUUUUCUACUUCUUUGCACAAUAGGACUCCAGGAGUGGGUAGAAGAUGUCCUGGUCUGUGAUUAAUUGCUGUAAUCUAUAUUGUAAAUGAAGAAUGAACAUAAGCAUUAUUUGGUAUUUUCUAAAUUAUUGGAUGGAGAAUAUGGACGCAGUUUUAUUUUAUUAAACCAGUGAAUGAAAUACUUGAGCCAGAUGUUAUAGCAUUUUAGCCAGUAUUUUAUGAUUAGACAGUUUACAUGGUCUCUUUAUUUUAAUGACUUGACAUGCUGUACCUGGUACCCGUUGUAAGUGUACAUUUCACAAAAUUGUGUUUUAGCUUUUGUUUUCUGUUUUGAAUAGGCACUUUUUUUAUCUGUCAGAAUAUUUUAAUAUGGAUUAUAUUAUCACACUUAUUAAAAGUGACAUGAACAACAAA